UACUAUACACGGUUGAAUUAUUCACUUGGAGUUUUUUAGUUAUACAAUUGUAGUGUUUUGUUCAUAAUGCUUUUCUUUUAUCGUAAUCUGUACACGUAUAUGUGUACAGGUUAGAUAUUUAACGCAUUUGUGAUUUAUAGAAAGUACCAAGAAAAAUUGAUUAUUCGUUGCAACAUGCCAGAAGUCAUGUUUGUACGUUCUCCGUAAAAAUACGUUUAUUACUCAUAUUAUUUGAAUUUCCUUAUUUUGUAGAUAUAUGAAUAAUAAAAAUGUCUGUACAUUACAAAUUUAAAUCCACUUUGGACUAUGAUACAGUGUCCUUCGAUGGGUUACAUAUUUCUGUGGCAGACUUGAAGAAAGCUAUUUUUCAUCAAAAACGUAUAGGAAAAAAUACAGACUUUGACUUGCAAAUAACAAAUGCUCAAACUAAAGAAGACUAUACAGAUGAUAAUGCAUUAAUUGCAAAGAAUACUAGCCUGAUUGUUGCUAGAGUUCCAUUAACAGUACAACAGAAACGAUCUUGGGACAGGAAUGAAACUCCUUCAUUUAGUAAUUUAAAGGAUGAAACUAAUCUAGGUCGGACUGUAGAUUUAACAAGACUCGAUGGCUCUGAAGAAGAUAAAAUUCGGGCUAUGAUGACUCAGUCUACACAAGACUAUGAUCCAUCAAAUUAUAUGAAAAUACGUGGCGCUAAUCAAACUGGUGAUGUACCUGCAAAUUAUCGUUGUUAUAAAUGUCAUCAACCUGGUCAUUGGAUCAAGAAUUGUCCACUAGGUAUAAACCAAGAACCUAUAGAAAUUAAAAAAAGUACAGGUAUUCCUAGGAGCUUUAUGGUUCCUGUAGAAGGACCACGAGUUCCAGGUGCUAUGAUGACACCAACAGGGCAAUAUGCUGUACCAGCUAUUGAUCAUCAAGCUUAUAAGGAAGGUAAGAAGGAACGACCGCCAUUUUCACAAGAUCCAGAACCUGCUGUAGAAAAACCAGAAAUUCCAGAGGAUUUAUUAUGUAAAAUUUGUAAAGAUCUCUUAACAGAUGCAGUAAUGAUACCAUGCUGUGGCAAUUCAUUUUGUGAUGAAUGUAUUCGUACAUUCUUAUUAGAGUCUGAAGAACAUGAAUGUCCAGAUUGUAAUGAAAAAGACGUAUCGCCAGAAACUCUUAUUCCAAAUCGGUUUUUGAGAAAUGCUGUAAUGAGUUUUAAGAAUGAAACUGGAUAUGCUAAACGACAAACGUAUAGACAAGCCACACAAACAAAUAAACAAUCUGUAUUGCAAUCAGAUCAACAAAAAGUUGAACAAAUUCCGAAUCAAACAUCAAAUCAAAGUAAACCUGCUCAAACUACAAAUAUUACUGCACCUUCACAAGAAUAUACAGAAUCACAGUCAACAAAUUUUGAAUCUGUUCCACAAUCCUAUCCAGCUACUGUACAGCCACAGACUGCAACUGUUACUGAAUCUACAUCAGAACCUGAAACACAGACUGAGAACGUAACAAAAUUGGCGGUAGACGAAGAAACAGAGGUACCACCACCCCCAGGCACAGAACCAUUGCUACCGAUUCCUGCAAUCGGCAGUUCACCAGAAAGAGAUAGAGAAAGAAGUGAUCCCCCAAGUCGUGAUACGAAAGAACGUGAAAAUGAAUAUUCAGGAGAAAGGCAAUCGAGAGAACGUAGAAGAAGUUUUAGUAGAGAUAAUCAUCGCGACAGGAGUGGGGAACGUGGCCGUAGAAUGGAAAAUUUACGACCAGUAAGUCGAAGACGAUCCUUGUCUCCUAGACAUUCGCAACAUAACGAUUAUGGUUCUCAAGGAGCACCGUUAUCACAUUUGAUGAAUCCUCCGCCAUCAAAAAGUUAUCAAGGAUUACCACCUGAUGAUGGUCACUAUCCAUCUAGUAUGCAUUAUGAAAGUGCCAUACGUAGAUCAACUGAAGAUCGUCCAGGUACUCCAACGGUUGAUGAACCGCAUCUGCAUGUGCCUUCUAGUAAUCAGCCACCUCUUUUACCUUUCCCGCCGGGAGAAGAUCGUAUUCCACAGCCAAGCUAUAAUCAACCUCCACCUAAUGUACCACCGCAUAGCCAGCCUUUAUUGCCAGAUCCAUAUAUGAGUCAUCGAAUACCUAUUUAUCCCCAUCAACAAGGAUCUCACUAUGGACCUCCCAGAUAUGAAAGACCACCUUAUCAACAACAAGGAUACAGACCUUCACAACCACCUAGAAAUUAUAAUGGACCACCACGUCCAAUUAGAGGUUUACAUCACUUAAGUUAUCGAGGAUUGCAACCACCACCACCUGGAUUAAGUAGAAAUAUUCAUAACGGUAAUCCACCUGGUAUAAUCGAUGAUCCAUUAGAAGCAUUUGAACGAAUGCUUAGAGAAAAAGAUGAACGAGAUAGAAGGCUUGGCAAACAUAGAAGAAGAAGCAGGACACGGUCCAGAUCUCGUAGUUAUAGUAGAUCUAGAUCACGUUCAUUUAGUCGUAGAUCACCAUUUUCAACACGUUUAAGUCGAUCUAGAAGUCCCCCUUCAAAGAGAAGGUCUUCACGAUCACCUUUACUUCUGAGAACACGAAGUCGUACUCCAAAACGUAGAUCAAGAAGUGGAAGUUUCUCAAUCAGCAGAUCGAGAUCGUAUUCACGUAGUCAAUCCCCUAGAUUAUCUCUAUCACGAGAUAGAGAUAGAGACAGAGAGAGAGAUCGUGAUCGUGAUCGGGAACGUGAUCGUGAACGUGAACGCGAUCGUGAACGUGAUCGUGAACGCGAACGUGAACGCGAGCGCGAACGUGAGCGUGAGCGUGAACGCGAACGUGAACGUGAACGUGAACGCGAACGUGAACGCGAACGUGAACGUGAACGUGAUCGUGAUCGUGAUCGUGAUCGGGAUCGUGAUCGCGACCGAGAUCGUGAUCGAGACCGUGACCGUGAUCGUGAUCGUGAAAGAGAAAUGCUGUCUAGAUAUCGAUCACCACCUAGGUCACCUCCAAGAUUUCAAAGAGAUAGGGAUCGUGAUAGAGAUCGACCAAGAUCACGUGAACCUAGAGAUGGAUGUAAUAGUUAUUACAAUGAUUCACCGGCACACGAUUACCAAUUCAGAGAUCGAGAACGGGAUUUACCCCCUCGAGAUAGGCCAGUACCUAGAUAUCCUGUAAGGAACCAAGCUGCUCAGCAUAACAUACCACCUUUGCUGCCACAUCUAGUCACUGGAAAUCAUCCACCACCACUUAUGUCAUUGGGACCUCCACCUACGGACAGGAAAGACUAUUAUGAUUCCUACAACAGGUAUUCUGGACCAUCUACACAACGUUUCGGCAGUCCUUUACGCGACACACCGCAUAAAAGAUUCGACGAUGUUGCGCCUCCUGGAACAGAAGGUUACUAUGAUCUCUCACCACCAGGUGUUGAGGUUUCUGAUAGAUCUCUACGCGACGAUCGUGAUCGACGUCUGUUAAGAGAUCAAGAAGAUCGUGAGCAUUCUCUUAAAGAUAAUGAUAUUGAAGAACGGGAUAGAUUACCGUUAAGGGACGACAGGGGUCGUGAACGUGAAGAUCGUUUCCGUGAGAGAGAUGAAAGGGACCGAAGGGUUCUGAAUAGGGAUCGUGAAGAUCGUGAAAGACCAGGAUUAUCUAGAGAUCACGAUGAUAGAAUACGAGAUAAAGACGAUCGUGAUAGAAGAGAAAAAGAAAAAGAGCGAGAUGAUAGGCAUACUCGUGAUCGCCGAGACGAUGAUAGACAUAUUGAUAAAAAGGAUUAUGAUAAAGAUCGUUACAGGGAUGAACGAGAUCGUCAUAGGCAAGAUGAUAAGAAUCGCUCCCGUGAAAAGGAUAGACGAGAAAGAGAUUAUGAAUCUGAAAAAGAUAGAGAUCGGCAUGAACGUUAUGAACGACGUUCGGUUGAAAAGAAAAAGACCAGAAAAAGUUUAACACCGUAUUCUCAAAAAUCUAGGACAGACGCAAAAGAUGUUUCGCCUGAACGUAUAAAGAAAAAAGAAAAGGAUCAUGAAGAAAGGAGUGAAGAGAAGAAAAAAGAAAAGAAAAUUAAAGAAAAGAAAAAGAAAAAGGACGAUGAGAAAGAAAAGAAAAAGAAAAAGAAGAAGGAAAAGAAAUCUGGUCAAAAGGAUGUUAUAAAAGAUGAACCUAUUAAGUCGGUUGAACACGAAGAAUUAUUAACAGAAACUAAACAAGAAAAUAUGUCACCUGCAAAACCUGAUGUAAUAAAAUCUAUUACCGAAGAUGAGAAUAUAGAAAACAGGAUAGUUUGUAUGCCUACUGAAACCAGCAUAGAAGAUCCCAUUAAAGAAGAAUUCGAAGAUAAAUCUUUAGCCAUGAAUCCAGAACCUCCAGAAUUUCAUGAAACUAGUCCAGAAAGAAUUGAUCGCACAGAAUUUGGAACAAACCCACCUAAUCCUAAUUUCAAACCAAUUCCAGAAUUGAAAUCAGAAAUUAAGCCCAUUGAUACCCUUUAUAGUGGUUUAGAUGAUACAGAAAUAAAUACUGUAAUUACCGAAAAAUAUUCUUUACUGUCAGAAAAUGAAACAGAAGAUAAAAAUAUUUUGUUGGGGGAAAAGUCCCCAAAGAAAGAUGAAUUCUUAGCUCCAAUGCCGGAGCUUUCUAAAUGGGAAAGAGAUGAUACUGUAGAAAAGGGAGAUGAAAUAUGUGAAUCAUCUAUAGAAAAAAUACAAACAGAUGAACCUAAAAGUACGAAAGUAGUUACAUCAGAGGUAUUAAAAAGAGCUGAAAAUGCAAUUUUCCAAAAAGCUAUAAAUGCUAUUAGACCUAUUGAAAUUAAAAAAAUAAGUGAAAGUAGAAAAGUAUUAUAUCAAAACCCAGAACCCAAAGUACUUGAACCUGAACCAAAUAGAGAACCUAGAAAAAGCGUUAAUGUUACUAUAAAUGUUGGACGAAAUGAGAGAAAUGUUGAAAUUACAGAACCAGUAAAGAAAGCCAAAUUAGACAGAACAAAAUUCAAGCCAGUUCCGGAAACAUAUUCACCUACGAGACUUUCAGCUAAAGAAAGAUUAGGUGAAAAAGUAGAAGAAAAUAAGGAAAGAAAAAUUAGUCCUAUUAAAAGUUUCUUAGAUAGACGUGAAACAAAAAGUGAAAAUCAAUCUAGAAGUCGAUCUCCUAGAAUUAGUAGAGACAAAAGAAUUUCUCCAUUGUUAGAUAGACGCGUCGAUCCAUCGUUACCUUUACCAGGAAAUGAGCGGAAAGUAUUUCUUGAUGAUAGAAAACGAGAAAACAAGGAUCGGUGUGAUCGUUCAAAAGAUAGGAAUGAUUUCAGAAAUGAACGACAUGAUAUGAGAUCUGAAAGAGAUCCAAGAAUUGAUUCCAGGGGAGAUUUUAGAUCAACACGAAAUGACGUUAAAGGAGAAAGAAUAGAUAAGGACAGAGAAAAGGAAAGAGAUAGGGAGAGAAGAGGAAGGACACCAUCUUGUACAUUUAAAAGAAAUGAGAUUUCGAAGAUGGGUCUUUUGAAGGCUAGAGAUGACGAAAGCGAUAGAAGAAGAGACAAAAAGUCGAAAGAGGAUAAGAAGAGGAAAAAAGAACACCGAAGUAGAAGUAAAUCUAAAGAGCAUAAAAAGCGAAAAGAAAAAAAGCACAAGAAAGAUAAAGAAAAGAACUCAGAAAAGAAACAGAAGCAUAAAGAAAAUAUUGUUUUAAAAGAUAAAGUUGAAACUAGUGAAACGAAAAUAAGUUAUGAAAAUCCUGAACCUCCUGUUGUGGAAUCUAUAAAGAAGCAAAGGAAAAAUCCAAGACUGGUAUCAGAUCGUAAACGUAGUAUACUUGAUGAAGCUAAUUUCGAACCUGAUUAUAGUGCUUCAGAUUCGGAAUCGGACGGCGAAGAUGGUAAAAUAAUGCCAUUACCUGCUAAGAAACUUAAACUUGACGAACCAGAUAUGGAAAAAGAAAUGGAUAUAAAAUCUUUUAAAAAACGAUCAAAAUCCUCAAGUAGUGAAGAUUCAUCUAGUAGUUCAGACAGUUCAAGUACAGAUUCUGAUAGCUCGGAUGAAUCACACAAAAAAAAGAAAAAGAAGCAUAAGAAGCAUAAGAAAAAAAAAUCUGUGAAAAAAGACAGUAGUUCUGAUUCAGAUUCCUAUUCAGAUUCAUCAGAAACAAGUAGUGAUGAGGAAAAGCAUAAAAAGAAAUCAAAAAAGUCAAAGAAUAGAAACAAGCAAGCUAAAAAAAAGAAAAAGUCAAAACACAAAUGACAUCAUUAGAUGUCUCUUAACAUUUUAAAACAUAAUUUUGACAAAAACAUUUUUUGCGAAUGCUUUUUAAUGUAAGAUUCUCUACCAGAAUUAUUUGUAAUUAUCUGCAUCAAAUUAAGAUUGUUAUUCGAUACCUAUAAAACAACAUAGUUUAUGCUAUAUAUAUAUAUAUUAUAUAUAUAUACAUAUAUAUAUAAUAUUGUAACAGUCUUCAAAAUCAAUUUGAAUAGGAUUAUUGAUCAAUUACCUAUUACCGAAAACCAAGAUCUUUUGGGAAUAAAAAUUUAAAAUGUUAAGUGAAAAAGUGAAGUGGGAUAUUUAAUUGAUAAUAUUUAAUUUUUAAAUAUUAUUAAGGCCUUUAAUAAUUGUCUAUAUUCCAGUUCCAUCUUUGAAAUAUUGUAAGUAAAUUCGUUACAAUAAGUGAUGUACAUUAUAGCACUCAGUAGAUAGUAUCAUUAAGAUAUACAAUACUUUUAGAAAAUAACAACAGUUAUAUUUACAGUCCCUAAUAUUUCAAUAUUGUAUUGUACUUUGAUAAUGUAAUGUCAGUAUGUAAAAGACGUCAUAAAAUAAAAAGACCAAAUUCUUUUAACUUA